GAUUACAAAAAAAAUGUUGGAAGAAAAUGACAAAGUGGGUCGCUAAAAUCCUCUUUCCAAACUCCAUAGCCAAAACUGCAGAGCUUCGCAAUCUUCUCCCCAUUUUCCCUUUCAUUUCGUUCUCAGUUUUUACUCGAAUGUUACCUCCAAACCCUAGCCUUUUGCACGCCAGCCCAUCCCUACUCCUUCCCAUCCUUCCACGAACCUCAACCCGGUGCUUCGCCUCCGCCGGCGAUAUUCCCGCCGGUCCCACAUCCCGUAAGUGGUUCCAUUUCCCGACCGUCUCCGAUAUUUACGGAGGUGGUGUGAGAAUCGGACAAGACAACUACGAAGCUCCACCUGGGAGUAGCAUCAAGGUAAAAAAAUGGUCGAGGAAUCGGGAGAGCUAUUUGACUGAUGACGAUGAACCUCUUCCUCUUCCUAUGACCUACCCUGAUUCUUCCCCUGUUGCCCCUGUAGAAAUCGAUAAGCGACUCCAAUGUGACCCCGAAAUCGAGGAUUGUAAGGAAGUGGUUUACGAAUGGACUGGAGAGUGCAGGAGUUGCCAGGGGACUGGACUUGUUAGCUACUAUAAUAAAAGAGGAAAAGAGAUUAUUUGCAAAUGUAUACCUUGCCUUGGAAUUGGUUACGUGCAGAAGAUAACAGCUAGGAAAGAUAUUGAAGUGAUGGUGGAUGUGGAUAAUGGAAAGCCACCUUGAACU